UUUUUUUUUUUGUUUUUUAAACUUUUUCGAUUAUUUCUUUUUUUUUUAAAAAAAAAGAGUUUCAGUGUUUCUCUUUUUUUUAAAAUAUUCUUUUUCUUUUUUUUUAUUUUAUCAUCGAUUUUUUUUUAUAAACAAAAAUGUUGUCUGUCAACAAUAUGUUAAAUCAAGAUCAAUAUAUCAAACAGCAAGAAACAACAACAUCCAAUAGCAGGCCUUCAGUGUUGACGAUUUCUCAUUUAUUAUGUGAUCCACCUACAAAAAGUCCUUCAUUAUCACCAUCAUCAUCACCUUCACCGACUGAUAGUUAUUGUUUCCCAUUUCAAGAAUUGACAACUCCUCCUUUGUCAGCUUUAUCAUCACCAUCUACAUCCACCACUUCUUUACAUUCCAUGUUAUCCUCCACCAAUUCUGAUUUUUCAUUACACACUCGUCCUUUUUUACCAACCACUUUAUUGGAAGAACAAAAGCGCCGGUCGCCUCUUCCUACCACCAACUUGUCUGAUCAUUCGGAACAACAACAGGAAGAAGAACAGGUGGAUGAUGAUGAUGAUCAAUCAUCCAUCAUGACUACAAGUAGCAAUAAUAGCCAACAACGAAUCAAGGCAAAACGAAGAAGAGCCAAUGCAAAACAACUCUCCAUCUUGAAUCAAGUCUUUGAUCGUACUUUUUUUCCUUCGACACAAAUGCGGGCAGAAUUGGGUCGACAGCUAGGAAUGAGUCCAAGAACUGUACAAAUCUGGUUUCAAAACAAACGGCAGGCCAUGCGAACUAGGGAACGACAACGUUUAUUACGGAUGAAGGAUGAAAAUUAGAUGAUUUUGUUCUUAGUUUAGAAACUCUCUCCCCCCAUUUUUUUUUAUUAUUGUUAUUGUAUACAUUCAUCUUUUCCCUAUUUUAUGAAAACUCCCUAAUUUGGAUUCAUUAGAAUCUAUCCUCCCCCCCAAAAAAAUAUCACUCAUUCAUCA